UAUUGCUGAAAUAUUCAACUUCUUCUUUUCUUCAAAGGACUCGUGACUAUAAAUAUAGCUAAUAAACAACCUGUUGAUAUUGGUUCAAAUGCUGAUGUUACCUGUACGACACAAGAGGACUUGGGAGCUGUGACGUGGUCUUUGACAAAUACUCAGAAUAAAACAACAGUUAUCACCAAUGGAACAGAAGCGAGAUUGAGCUCUUAUGCUUUUAGUGACACUGUUACUCUGAGGAGCAUUUCAGCAAGCUGGAAAGGACUGUUUACAUGCGAGUAUACAAAAGGGCCCAUAAAGUUCACAGCAAGUGAAACAUUGGACAUUGCACUUUUGCCAGACAUACAAGGCAGUAGUGACCCCCAAUUUCCUGAUUGUACAAAUCCAAAAAGAAUUGUGCCGGUUGAAAUUCAAUGUGCCAUUUCAAACAACUCAGAAAAUUACAAUAUUUCAUGGGACAGAACUCAACUCAAAGAUCUCACAAUUAUAUCAAUAGAGUCCAAAGGAAACAAGAUCUAUCACAAAGCACAAGCAAUGAUUAGAUGUGGAGACUUAAAUGAAUCUCUAAGCACCACGUGUACCUUCACAAACACCAGAUCCCAAACAAAGAAGAACAGCUCAAUGACUGUGAACAUCCCUAUCAUUCAAAAUGGCUCAUCAUUCUGUGACACACAAGAUGGCUGGCCUAACACUAAAUGUAACUACACGGCUGUUUUAGCUUGUGAUAACUCUGUUGGCAGUAUGACCAGAGAAUGCCGUGACUGUAAGUGGCAAGAGCCAAUCUCUUAUUGUGUGGAUACGGGUCUACACCAAAUUCAAGAUCAAAUAGAGGAAAUAAGAAAGGGACUAGGAUUUAUUAAGGAAAAUGCAGGUAUUUUCAUUCAGUUACAAAUAUCAACAACUUCUAAUACUAUUAAGGCCUUUGCAAAUAUUGAUGCAACUGUAGAAAUUCUGGAUUCAAUCAAUAUCGUGUCUGAAAUACAGUCACAUCAAUGGAACGACACCAUCAUGCCUGAUUUUGUAAGUGCUAUAAGCAAUAUUUUGAACGACACCAAUUCCUGGAAACAAACAUCAAAUGAUAAUGCUACCAAUUUAUCUAUAAAAUAUCUGCUGAGUGUUGAGAAAAUGAUAAAGAACUCAAAUCUGUCUUCUUCCGUCAACCGUUCGAACGUCGCGCUGAAGGUCUGUAACUCCAGUGAUUGCAACUCUUUCAAUGUCAGCGUCAAAACAGAGCAAAACGUUACAGUUGUUGUAGUUGCAUUUAGGAAUCUUGCUACCAAUUUACCACAAACCCUGAACAAUGAGAGUGUUGAAUCAGGAGGCAUAAUCUUGUCAGUUACAGAGGUAAAUGGCACUAAUUACACUAAUCUGAAGAUGAACUUCAAUGAUGGCCAAAUAAGACAACCCAACCACCAAAUGUUUUGUGUUUACUGGGAUGUAAAUCAAACCGAGUGGUCAAGUGAUGGCUGCACGUGGGGUGGUGCAGACAACCCGACACUCUGUACCUGUACGCACAACUCUGCUUUCACCAUCAUGAUGUCCAAAACAGCAGAAAGUCUUCCGUAUAUGGAGGAACUGACAUAUGUUGGCUUGGGAAUUUCAAUGGUUUCACUCGUGCUGUGUAUACUGAUUGAGAUUAUGGUGUGGGAUACGGUCGUAAAAUCAAACAUCGCCAAUUUUCGCCAUAUAGCCUUGGUCAACAUCUCAGUUUGUCUGCUUUUUGCAUAUUGUGCAUUUUUAGCAUCAGCAAAACCAAAGCAAAUCCCCUCAAACUGGUGCAUGAUACUUACAGUGGUGAAGCAGUUUUGUUUCUUGGCCGUCUUUUUCUGGAUGUUGUGCUUGAGUUUUGUGCUCCUUCACCAGCUAAUAUUUGUUUUUGAGAAGUUACGGAAAAGGGUCUAUUUGGCGUUAUCGAUCACUGUUGGUUACGCAUGCCCAUUAUUGUGUGUGGCAGUGACCGUCAUUCAGUAUGGCAAUGGUAAGGAGGGUGAAUACUAUUCAACAGAGACUUGCUGGCUAGUAUAUCAAUCAACAUUGAAAGGUUCACUCUUUGCCUUUAUUUUGCCGGUUGGUACCGUUGUGGUUAUAAAUAUGUUUGCGUUGCUUGUGGUCAUCACAAAAAUUGUACAGCCUACUGUGUCCGAGGCAAAAGCUCGGGACGAAAAGGAUGUCGCCAAAAGCAUCAUUAAGACGAUCGUUUUGCUGAGCCCUAUCCUUGGAAUAACAUGGAUCUUAGGAUUUUUUGUGUUCACACUUGACCUUACACAAAAGCCAUAUGCCCAGAUCGUGAAUUACGCAUUUACAAUACUGAAUUCCCUACAGGGAUUUUUCAUAUUGCUUUCAAACUGCUUUGGAGAGAAAAAGGUUCGUGAAGCACUUUUAAAGCGUUUCAGGGCCAAGAAAUCAGUGAAUUCUAAAAGUGAACACUCAAGCAAAUCGACAUCACUAAAGAAAUGAUCAUCUGGACAGAUGUUUAAGGUUUUAAACGGACGCAGAUGACAACGCAGGAGGAAAACAUUUAUGGAUGCAAUUCUGUCAGAUCUCUUAUUCAAUUAAUAACUGAUUUCUAGUGUAAAACUGCUAUAAAACAGGAUUGAUGUGUAUAUUUUUUCAUGUCGCAUGAUUAUCUUAUUGCAUAGUCUGAUUUCUGACGGGGUCUAUUUUAAUUUUUGAAAAAAAAUUGCACUUAUGAAUUAUGUGGCCAACUUGGCAUUUCAGCUGAUUUUUCAUUUUACGACAGACUUGUAAAGUUGUCAGUUUUGUUGUUUUGUAGACCUUCCUCACACAGUCUAAAAUUACAUUAUACAUUAUUUUCAAAUUCUAUUAUAAUGAGUGUGCAUGAGGUUUCAACACUUCAAAUUACAUACAUUUGCAUUGUACAUGUGUUAUAUAAAAUUAAUUCAAGUGAAAUUAAAAAGUUAACUAUAAAAUGGCUACGAAAUGUGUAUAGACUUGUGUGUUUGCGUGUUGUGUGUUUUUUAACUAUAUGAACAUAUUCAAAACUUUUUUAUUGUUAUAAUAAACGUAUUUAUCUGUCAACCAAAUGUUUGGAAUGCUCACGGUCAGAAAAAUAGUCCCUAGCUGUCACUGAGGUGAUAUCCAUUCAAAAAUGCACCUAGACUUCAUAAUAGUACCUUAGAGGUACUUAUUGGUAUCAACGAGUGCAUGUAUACAUAUUUGUACCUAAAUGGUACAUAUUAAGACCUAAGGGCUUGGGACCAUUUUUUCUGACGGUAUACUGUGUAUAUUACAUAUAUUAUAUGUUUUUCAUUUUCUGACUAAUUAAAGAAAAAAAGUUGUAUUUAUUAAGCUAUAUUUUUGUUUCAACAUUCAACUGUAUUUUAUUAUCUUGAAAUAAUAAAAUCUUCUUUAUUA